AUGGCGAGGCCACAGCUGGCACUGCUGAUCAGCAGUGUGCUGCUUCUGGCGAUCUGCGCGCCGGGGAUCGUCGGCAACGUGAUGGUGGUCCUGGUGGUGCUCACGACCAAACACAUGAGGACUCCGACCAACUGCUACCUGGUGAGUCUGGCGGUGGCCGAUCUGAUGGUGCUGACCGCAGCCGGCUUGCCGGCGUUCACCGACAGCAUCUUCGGGUCGUGGGUGUUCGGCUACUACGGCUGCCUCGGCAUCACCUACUUCCAGUACCUCGGGAUCAACGCGUCCUCGUGCUCCAUCACUGCGUUCACCAUAGAGAGGUACAUCGCCAUCUGUCACCCGAUCAAAGCGCAGUUCCUGUGCACGCUGUCCCGGGCCAAAAAGAUCAUUCUGGUGGUGUGGGCGUUCACGUCUCUGUACUGCGUGAUGUGGUUCUACCUGUCGGACCUCCAGCAGCUGGUGUAUGACAACGUCACCGUCAUCGCGUGCGGGUACAGGGUCCCCAGGAAGUUAUACCUGCCGGUUUACUUCUUUGACUUCGCCGUCUUCUUCGUGGUUCCGCUGCUGCUCUCCGCGGUCCUGUACGGACUCAUCGCCCGGAUCCUCUUCCUCAACCCGCUGCCCUCCGACCCCAAGGACAAGAAGAAGAAGAAGACGAAGAAGAACGCGCCGAGCAACGGCGCCAACGACACGAGGAACAGCUGCAGGAACUCGCGCCACUCCAGGUCCACGGCGACCUCGCGCCGACAGGUGACCAAGAUGCUGGCCGUGGUGGUGAUCCUGUUCGCCGUGCUCUGGAUGCCGUACCGCACCCUGGUGGUGGUCAACUCCUUCCUGGACCACGCCUACCUGGACAGCUGGUUCGUGCUCUUCUGCCGCGUCUGCGUCUACCUCAACAGCGCCGUCAACCCGGUCAUCUACAACGCCAUGUCGCAGAAGUUCCGCGCCGCCUUCCGCAAGAUAUGCGGCUGCGGGAGGAAAGGCUGCGACAAGCCCGCCGCCUACAGCGUGGCCCUCACGUACAGCGCGGUCAAGGACACGUCGAUGGCGGAGAGCGCCGACCCCUUCGCCACCGAGCUGGAGGAGCUCACCGUCACGGACGAGCUGCUGUCCGACCAGAAGAUGGCGUUCCCGGACACCGGCGCGUACGGGAAGGUGGACUUCAGCGAGGCAUGAGGUCCGUCCUAGGCCGCGCCGACGAUUUCAGAAGAAGAAUCAGGGAGAGAUCGAAAACGUCGUGUGUUGGUUUCUGCGAAGUGGGAACAGGGUUUCUUGCUGAACUUUGCAAAGCCGGGGCGGCUCUUGGUUGGACUCGUCGAUACGGAUCACAGCCACUGACGCGUAACGAGAGGCUCUACAAGGACGUUGUAAAGCGGCAAAGGCCAGCAGAUAAGCCCUCAGUCACGCGCGGCUGUUAUCUCACCUCGGACCUGCCUACGUGACAAACUGCGUGUGGGUCAACAGAAACACGAACACACCGUGUCCACUUCACACGUACGGCCGAGAGGACACUAAAAGAAUUACGCCAACGAGUCCGCAGAACUCGUUCCUCGCCUUCUGAUUCACGGGUUUCCGGGAGUGGAAUCCUGGGUGGGUCCGCUUCGUACGGACUUUGGGGGUUUUAAGGCUGAGAAAAAAAAGGGUAUUUUUCACACCAAAAAGCAACUUUAAUCAACUGUUUGCCCCCCGCCCCCCCGCCCAAGGUUUUCGGGGCAGAAAGGGUGAGUCGUCUGUCAGACGGGAAGCCGAACUACAUUUAAAUGGCAUCAUGGGCCAUGAUGAGGUUGAUGAUGUUUUAGCUCCCACAGCAUCUACCUGUAUACUUUAUAAGGGGUUUAUAGUUAGUGAGAAAGUGGAGAAAAAGGGAAAAUGUCAGAGAUUUAUUGAUGACUUUGUCAACUUUCUAUAAGUUAUAAAUGUUUAUAAACUUGUGACACAUUUUAAUUAUGGAACGCCUAAACUCAUAGUAAAAUAUUUAAAAGACAAUGGUACCUCCUUCACUCAUGGACUAUUUGUCCUUGUUUCUCUCAUGAUUCAGACAAAAUGAUAACUGUUGGAGCAGCGAGGUGGUUAUAAACCUCAAUGUAUUACAAUGUGAAAGACUGUGUAUAGAGACUUACUGUAACAUAAAGGACAUGGAUAUAUUUCUGCUUAGUGAUUGUACCAACACUGUAAAUGCCUCGAGUAUUCAUGCACUCAUGUGUUUGUUGUAUUUAAAGUGAUAUUUUUUAAUUUAGGUAUUUAUUAAUCUGUAUUUUUUAAAUGCCACCCUUGCUUUUGUUAUUGUCCAUUAAAACAUUCUAAAUAGGAUUUUGUGCUGAACAAUUUGGAAGCUGCUGCCUUGGACUUGCUUUUGUAGAAUAAUGUAAUCAUGUGAGUUUAUUUGGUUGUUGUGAAGGAAAAUGCUAAUUUGUACAUUUUAUCUUCAUGUUCUAUAAUAAAGUUGGUCCUGAAAUUGAAGUUAUGAUUUUUUAACUAUUAUUUUUCAGGGUAGAGAAAUGCAUAUUUAGGGGGCGUGAAUCUCUCUUUUGCAUUAGAAAUGA